AGCGAGAGUACUCAAUACUCAUCACUGCAGCACCAACGAAACAGCGCAGAGAGAGAUGGCCGACAAAGCGAACCCUAUCCGGUUCGGCAUCUUGGGGUGCGCCGAGAUCGCCCGCAAGGUGUCCCGGGCCAUCGCCCUCUCCCCCAACGCCACCAUCGUCGCCGUCGGCAGCCGCUCCCUCGACAAGGCCGUCCGGUUCAUCGCCGCAAACGGCCUCCCGCCGGCCACCCGCGCCCACGGAUCCUAUGAUGCGGUCCUCGACGACCGAGACGUCGACGCCGUCCACGUGCCGCUCCCCACCAGCCUCCACGUGCGCUGGGCGGUGGCCGCGGCGGAGCGCGGGAAGCACGUGCUCCUCGAGAAGCCGACGGCGCUCUGCGCCGCGGAUCUGGACCGGAUCCUGGACGCCUGCAAGUCCUGCGGGGUGCAGUUCAUGGACACCACCAUGUGGAUGCACCACCCACGGACGGCCAGGAUGAGGGAGCUCCUGUCGGAUCCCGACCGCUUCGGCCAGCUUAGAACGAUUCACAGCAUCUUCAGCUUUCAUGGAGACUCUGAUUUCCUUCAGAAUGACAUCCGAGUGAAGCCUGACCUUGAUGGCCUCGGGGUUCUUGGUGACACUGGGUGGUACUGCAUCCGCUCAAUCCUAUGGGCUGCCGACUACGAACUUCCCAAGACUGCAAUUGCGCACCAUGGCCUGGCGAAGAAUGAAGCUGGUGUAAACUUGUCAUGUGGGUCUACUCUUCUAUGGGAUGAUGGCAAAGUAGCAACCUUCUACUGCUCUUUCCUUGCUCAUCUGACAAUGGAACUCUCUGUUGCGGGAACAAGAGGAACCCUUCAUUUAAGCGAUUUUGUAAUACCUUUUGAGGAGACUCAUGCUAAAUUCAGGUUUGCUACAGAUUCAGGCUUUGCCGAGCUCCAGACUGGAUGGAAACCGCUGCCUAGCGAGCAUGAUGUCUCAACUGAACUGCCACAGGAAGCCCUAAUGAUCCAGGAGUUCUCAAGCUUGGCAGGAAGCAUAAGAGAUUCCAGCUGCAAGCCAGAUCAAAAAUGGCCUACUAUCGCUAGAAAGACACAGCUGGUGCUUGAUGCUGUAAAAGCAUCGAUAGAGAAGGGGUUUGAACCUGUUAACAUUACCAGUUAAUGGAUGUUCUAUGAUCUCAUGUACUUUGGAAGACGGUAUAUGAUUCAGCAUGCUAGAAGGAUAAAAUGAUCAAAUGAAAAGAUUGUUUAGCCUGCAUUAAGCUUUUCUAUGGUUAAAAGCUGGUUAUAUGGUUUCAUCAAAAGAGGGGGCGAUGGAGGAACCUGCUGCUGGGUGUCUGUUUAGGUUGCAGGCCUUUUGGGGCAGUUUCUCCACUGGAAGGUCUAUAUUUUGUGUGGAAAAAUAGAGGACGUCAGUGGUGUUCAGCAAACCAGAAGGGGCAAGGUCAUGUUCUAGAGAACUGCAUAUUUACAUGAGGGUUAAGGCCAACUCAAAUACUGUUAAAUCCUGUUUGACAGAAGUAGCUUGAACAGAUAUGAUCAGCUAAUUAGCUAUUGUCAAGCUCAAACCAUUUUAUUCACAUUUCAGUAACAUGUUGCUCGAUAUAAAAAUUCCCAUGAAUUUAAUACAUGGUCGAAGGGAGGUUAAAUGGAUCGGUAUUGGGUGUUAUCAAGUUCAGGCUG